CCGAGCCAAUCCGAGAAUGCCGGAAUGACUGUCAAUUUUCUCUCUAGGGUUUCGCGGGAUCACACUAAUAUUUCUUAUUUGGGUAUCUUUUGAUUCGUUUCACAAUUUAAUUCCGCGCUCGCUUGCUAUUGAGUAUUGCAGCAUCUGGGGACAAAUAGUUGUGGGUCUGGGAGGAGAUUCGAUUAUAUGCAUGCUGUUAUGUAGAAGGAUGGAAUCUGGUAGUUUGAGGUAGCCAUUGGACCUGCAACCAAGGAAAUGGAUUCGGCAAGGAGUUGGUUUCAGAAGUUUCAACCGCGGGACAAGUCACGGAGUUCAAUCAGGAAGAAGGAGCCUAAUAGUGAAGGGAAGGGGGAUUCGGAUGCACAGGGUGAUGAACAAGCACUUUCCAAUGUCACAAAGCAGAAGGUUGCGGCUGCAAAGCAGUAUAUUGAAAACCAUUACAAGGAGCAAAUGAAGAACCUGCAGGAGAGGAAGGAGCGGCGAAUUAUACUGGAAAAGAAGUUGGCUGAUGCCGAUGUCUCCGAGGAAGAUCAAAACAAUCUUCUUAAAUUUUUGGAGAAGAAGGAAACUGAGUACAUGCGCCUUCAAAGGCAUAAAAUGGGUGCUGACGAUUUUGAGCUGCUAACAAUGAUAGGAAAGGGUGCAUUUGGAGAGGUUAGAGUUUGCCGGGAGAAGGCAACUGGUCAUGUAUAUGCUAUGAAAAAACUUAAGAAAUCAGAAAUGCUUCGUAGAGGCCAGGUUGAGCAUGUGAGGGCUGAAAGGAAUCUGCUUGCAGAGGUUGAUAGCAACUGCAUUGUCAAACUCUACUGUUCUUUUCAAGAUGAUGAGUUUCUUUAUCUGAUUAUGGAGUAUCUACCUGGGGGAGAUAUGAUGACUUUACUCAUGAGAAAGGACACCUUGACUGAAGACGAAGCCAGAUUUUAUGUGGCGGAAACAGUUCUGGCAAUUGAAUCAAUCCAUAAACGCAAUUACAUCCAUAGGGAUAUCAAGCCCGACAACUUGCUUCUUGAUAAAUAUGGGCACUUGAGACUGUCAGAUUUUGGACUAUGUAAACCAUUAGACUGCAGUACACUCCAAGAGCAGGACUUCUCGAUAGGGAACAACCAUAACGGGGCUGCACAGAAUGAAGAACGCUCUCUAGCUCCAAAACGCACACAACAAGAGCAAGUACAGCAUUGGCAAAAGAACAGAAGAACACUUGCUUAUUCUACUGUUGGUACACCCGACUAUAUUGCUCCAGAAGUUUUGUUGAAGAAAGGAUAUGGGUUGGAGUGUGAUUGGUGGUCUCUUGGGGCUAUUAUGUAUGAAAUGCUCGUGGGGUACCCGCCUUUUUAUUCUGAUGAUCCCAUGUCAACGUGUAGAAAGAUAGUAAAUUGGAGAACUCAUUUGAAGUUUCCUGAGGAAGCAAAGCUAUCUCCAGAGGCAAAAGAUCUUAUCAGUAAACUCCUGUGUAAUGUAAGCCAGAGGUUAGGAUCAAAAGGCGCCAGUGAAAUAAAGGUUCAUCCGUGGUUUGAUGGUACUGAUUGGGAGAAGAUAUAUCACAUGGAAGCUGCAUUCAUUCCUGAGGUCAAUGAUGAGUUGGACACUCAAAAUUUUGAAAAGUUUGAUGAGUCAGAUAACCAGAAUCAGACUUCAAACAAAGCUGGUCCGUGGAGAAAGAUGCUCUCAUCCAAGGACCUCAACUUUGUGGGUUACACGUAUAAGAACUUUGAAAUUGUCAAUGACUAUCAAGUUCCUGGGAUGGCUGAGUUGAAGAAGAAAACCAGCAAAGCAGGGAGACCAUCUAUUAAGUCACUUUUUGAGGGUGAGUCUGAAACGUCAGAAACAUCUGAAACGUCUGAUACAUCUGCAAAUAGUCAACCUGUAUCGGGGAGCUUUCUGAACCUCUUGCCUCCCCAACUGGUGGUAUCUCAAAGCCAGAAAGAAUCCCCCUAACCCAAUUUUUUCUCUUCAUGGUGAGAUGGACAAGGAACUCCAAAUCAUAUGUCAUUGCAUUUUGACUUCCAAAAUAAUCAGGUGUAACUUCCGGAUUGUGCAUUUGAAGUCAAGGGUGGAUAUAUCAAAAUGAAAUUGUUUGAGGUUGGUUUGAAAAUUCAAGCUUUAAAGGGUGAAGGAAGGUUCUGGUUUUAAAGCAACAGAUCAGCUUUGAACCUGCCGGGAUAAGAUUCCUGUAAGCUUUUCUGUUACCAAAGAUUUAGCAAAAUUGGGAAGUAAAUACUAACUCAUCAGCUACUGACAUGUAUUUUGCAUUUUUCUUUUGUCAAUCUACAAAGUGUUGUACAAAGACACUGGAAAUCCUUACGAUGUAUAUUAUGUUUUUUUAUUCAAUUAAAUGAUAAAAGAGUAGUGUUACAUAUA